AUGACUGCGAAAAAAGGCAAAAAAAACAAGAAAACGGCAGCCGACGUGAGGCUAGGCGGAGGAGGCGGUGGUUGGGGAAAGUGGGUGCCGCAGCUUGUGCAUAUAGUUCUUCUUAGACAAGUUUUUCAUAAAAAUUUUGAAGAAAUAUGGGUUGAUUUCUGUGGAAAGAUAAUGCCUUUUGGAAUCGGGGAGUUCUCUUUUCUUACUGGUCUUAAGUGUGUUGGAUCUGCUCAUAAAUUGUUGUAUGAGGAUUCUGAUGAUGGUUUAUUCAAUAAGUAUUUUGCAUCUAUUGGUCGUUUUAACCUAGAAACUAUUCGUAUAAAAUUUUUAUCUCGGAGUUGGUCGAAUGACAAUGAUGCUGCCAAACUUGCUAUCCACCAUUUUCUUGCCAAUUAUAAGAUGGAUAAUGAGCCUUAUAUUUCUACCACUACGACUUUAGUUUAUAAUAAGUGUCAAUGGUGGUUUUAUGAAAUUUGUAAUCAUGCGCCUGGCCUUAUUUAUAUUAAAGUUGAUAAUUUGAAUUCCACAAUACCUCGGAUGUUGAAGUCGAAGGCUGAUAAUUCAGUUGACAAAGAAUUCCUAGUUCGAAAGUUUUACACCCUUCGUUCUGACCAACUCUCAAACGUUGUUCCAACUGAGGAAGAGAUUGAAAGGUGGAAAAAUUCAAUCGACCAUUUCGAGAUGGUGCAUAUCGAAAUAUGA